UGGGAUACGAUGGGAUGGCGUGGAAUACCGAGGUGCGGACGGGGCUGGUGCAGAGUCAUGCUUGCGACCAUGAGGAGUACGCGGCCAAUCUGCCGACAGGAACCGGAUGUGCUCGGGUAGUCCGUGGUGGGAGGAACGAUGUGGUACUGGCGAGGGAUGUGGCACGGUUUGUGCAAGUCUCGCGGCUGACGGUGGUCCUGGAGAAGCUGAGCGAUGCCUAUCCGAUCACGCCGACGUCGCCGGUGCUGGCGUCGUACGGCCUGGUAGCGGUGGUGCCCAAGACGGAGAAGCUGUUCCAGCAAGCGUGCGCCUCGCUUGAGACCGACAUCAUCUCGAUCGACGGUGCUGAGCGCCUUGCGUUCUUUCUCAAGUUCCCCACGGUGGGACAGGCCAUCUCGCGCGGCAUCCACUUUGAGCUCUCGUUCUCGCCGCUGCUCACGGGCUCGCCGGUCGCCGUCCGCAACCUCAUGUCGAACGCCCUCUCGCUCGUCCGGUACACCCGCGGCAAGAACAUUCUACUGACGUCGGGUGCCCGCGAAGCGCUCGCACUUCGCUCGCCAUACGAUGUCACCAACCUCGGCGUCCUGUUUGGCCUCAGCCCCGGAGGAGCCAAGCUCGCGAUCUCCUCUGCGGCGUCGGACGUCCUCGCCCAUGCCGAGUCCCGCUCAAUGUACCGCACCUCGGUCGGCGUCGAGGUCUUUGAUGCCUCACGCCACGGCGAGCAUGUUGUGCCCACUGAGGGCGCGGCGUCGUCGGCGUCGGCGUCGUCGUCGGCGGCGGCCAAGGCAAAGGCGACGACAGCAAAGGCUGCCAAGGGAAAGGGAAAGGGAAAGGCCCAGUCCAAGGGCAAGGGCAAGGAUGUGCAGAAGAUGGAGAUUGAGUAAAAGGCCCCCGCAUUCUA